GUGGCUGGGAGCCCGAGCCCCACACCUGCCGGGCAGCAGGUGCUGGACAUUGAAAGCUGCCUGGACUCGUCCAUGCUGGACAGCUCCUUCCUCACGUUCUAAGGCCUCCACGCUGAGGCCUUUGCUGGACAGAUGAAGAGUGACUUGUUUCUGGAUGAUUCUAAGAGUGACCUUGAGGAACCCUGGGAGCUCAGGAAGGAAGGAGCGCCCAGAAGCAGGGACAGGGAGCUGGUUGGGGAGGACCAGAAAUCAGGUUAUCAAUACUCUGGCUGACCUUCGUCAUCGUGGGACUGACUUUGGUGGAAGUCUUUGGUUACUUAUCAUUACUGUGUUUCUGAGAAGUUAUAAAUUUGCCAUCUCCCUCCGCACAAGUUACCUUUCUGUGUCUUUCCUGAAGACUAUCUUGCCGUCUCAAAAUGGACAUGAUGGAUCUACGGAUGUACAGCAGAGAGCCAGGAGGUCCAACCACCGUAGACAGGAAGGAAUUAAAAUUGUCCUGGAAGCCAUCUUUACUUUAUGGAGACAGGUGAAAACCAAAGUUCAAGCUAAAAUCCAUAAGACGAAGGUGACAACAAAAGUCAACCGUCAUGACAAAAUCAAUGGAAAGAGGAAGACCGCCAAAGAACAUCUGAGGAAACUAAGUAUGAAAGGACGUGAGCAUGCAGAAAAGGCGAGGCAGCUAUCAGAGGCAGAGGAAAAUGGGAAAUUGGAUAUGAAAGAAAUACAAACCUACAAGGAACUGUUUGAACGUGCGCAAGCGUUGCGGCGGCGGGCAGAGGACUACUACAAAUGCAAAAUCCCCCCUUCUGCAAGAAAGCCUCUUUGCAACUGGGUCAGAAUGGCGGCAGCGGAGUAUCGUCAUUCUUCAGGAUUGCCCUACCGGCCCUACCUCACAGCUGAAACUUUAAAAACCAGGAUGGGCCGCCAGCCACCUCCUCCAACUCAACAACGUUCUAUAAAGGAUAACUCCCUGAGCCUCAAGACACCUCCCGAGUGUCCGCUCCCUCCCCUUCCACCCUCAGCGGAUUAUAAUCUCAAGACACCUCCCGAGUGUCUCAUAACUCCGCUUCCACCCUGAGCGGAUGAUAAGAAACUAACAAAGAAUAAAUAAAUAAUAUAAAAAUAAAAUGAA